UCCCGACCCGCUUUCUCCAAUGGUCCAAAGUGACAUGUCCAAAUCGCCUCCCACUCCAGCAACGGCGGCGCAGGAGAUGCAGAUGGAGUUGCUGGACAACCCCCCGGCUCCAGUCCCGGCUGUGCAGUCUUACAGCAAAGGUGCAAGAAGAAAACACCGAUUCAAAGGUUCAGAUGGGAGUACAUCUUCUGACACUACCUCUAAUAGUUUUGUCCGACAGAAUGGCAGAAGACUUUGUUGAAGAAACCUGCAAUGUUGAAGAAAUAUGGAAUUCAAAUGAAGCAGAAAUUACAGAUAUGGAAAUACAUACUGAUAUACAGAAUACAGAUGAAAAACAAAACGCAGAUACAGUUCCAAAUACUGAGGAAGUGCAAAAUAAAGAUGAACAAGAAAGCAAAGAAGAACCAUCAAAUAAAAAUGAAAGUGAGAAUGCAAAGGAAACUCUACAUCCUAAACCUGAAAAAGAGAAGGGUUCGGCGGACUCCUACACUAGCCGUCCAUCUGAUUCAGAUGUAUCUCUUGAGGAAGACAGAGAGGCAGUGCGGAGAGAGGCAGAGCGACAGGCCCAGACGCAGCUGGAAAAGGCAAAGACAAAACCUGUUGCAUUUGCAGUCCGGACAAAUGUUAGCUACAGUGCAGCCCACGAGGAUGAUGUACCAGUCCCAGGCAUGGCCAUCUCAUUUGAAGCGAAAGAUUUUCUUCAUGUUAAAGAAAAAUUUAACAACGACUGGUGGAUAGGACGAUUGGUAAAAGAAGGCUGUGAAAUAGGAUUCAUACCAAGUCCAGUCAAAUUAGAAAAUAUGAGGCUGCAGCAUGAACAAAAGGCUAAACAAGGGAAAUUUUACUCCAGUAAAUCAGGAGGAAAUUCAUCAUCCAGUUUGGGUGACGUAGUACCUAGUUCCAGAAAGUCUACACCUCCAUCAUCUGCUAUAGACAUAGAUGCCACUGGUUUAGAUGCAGAAGAAAUUGAUAUUCCAGCAAACCAUCGCUCCCCCAAACCCAGUGCAAACAGUGUCACAUCACCCCACUCCAAAGAGAAAAGAAUGCCCUUCUUUAAGAAGACAGAACACAUCCCUCCGUAUGAUGUAGUGCCUUCUAUGCGACCAGUAGUCUUAGUGGGGCCUUCCUUAAAGGGAUAUGAGGUGACAGACAUGAUGCAAAAAGCAUUAUUUGAUUUUUUAAAACAUAGAUUUGAAGGGCGUAUAUCAAUCACACGGGUCACAGCAGACAUCUCGCUUGCCAAACGCUCAGUAUUAAACAAUCCCAGCAAGCAUGCGAUAAUUGAACGGUCCAAUACAAGGUCAAGUUUAGCUGAAGUUCAGAGUGAAAUUGAAAGAAUAUUUGAAUUAGCAAGGACGUUACAGCUGGUAGUACUUGAUGCCGAUACUAUUAAUCAUCCAGCUCAACUUGGUAAAACCUCUCUGGCUCCCAUUAUAGUGUAUGUAAAGAUUACUUCUCCAAAGGUUUUACAGAGGUUGAUAAAAUCCCGAGGCAAAUCUCAGGCGAAGCACCUUAAUGUUCAAAUGGUAGCAGCUGAUAAACUGGCUCAGUGCCCUCCAGAAAUGUUUGAUGUGAUUCUGGAUGAGAAUCAGCUUGAAGAUGCUUGCGAGCACCUGGCUGACUAUUUGGAAGCUUAUUGGAAGGCCACACACCCUGCUAGCAGCCACCCUCCUAAUGAGCUUCUCACUCGCACACUGGCAACCGCCACUCUUCCUAUCAACCCAGGCCCAAAUGUUAAUUUGCAGGGCUCUCAAGGAGAUCAGAGGAAUGAACAAUCGGCCUCUGAACGAACUGGUUCCCAAGCUGAAGAAGAAGCACGGGCCGAACCCACCAGGAAAUCUCAACACCGCUCUUCCACUUCAGGCCAUAACCAUCGUAGUGGAACUAGUCGUGGCCUGCCUAGACAAGAAACUUUUGACUCGGAAACACAAGACAGCAGAGAUUCAGCAUACGUAGAGCCAAAGGAGGAUUAUUCUCAUGAACACUAUGAUUCUCAUCGAGAUCACAGUCACAGGGAUGAGUCCCACGGGAGCAGUGAUCACAGACACCGAGACUCAAGGCUUCGCUCAAAGGAAAAGGACCGAGAGCAGGACCAUAAUGAAGGCAACAAGCAGCGUAGCCGUCAUAAAUCAAGGGACCAGUAUUGUGACAAGGAUGGGGAAGUGAUAUCUAAAAAACGCAAUGAUACAGCAGAAUGGAAGCGAGAGGUGUACAGUCACCAAUAACGUUUGGCAGUUUUUUGUUUCUUUUGAAGAUGUGUAUGACAAAGCUCACCCCCCCCCUUUUAAAAAGAACAAAUCUGGGUUUUCAUUGCAGAACAUGUGGUAUCCUGUAUGCUGCUUAAAAACAAAAAAGAAUUGCUGUUGCUAUCACAGCAAUAGCAUGAAAUAGAAUAUUCAUUUUGAUUAGUGCUAUAACACAUUGGCAUAGUACAACUGCAAAGUCCCUGGUCUUGUACCGAGCUUUUCUCCCCCCAAAGCCGUUUUUGGUAGCUGCCACUUGAACAAUAUCUGUUGUCAUCAAGGUGUUGUUAGUGUUUUCAGACAAAAUACAAUUGGUGUUUAUUAACUUCCCAUGUUUUUCAGCAAGCCAAAAUCAGCACAUCCAAAACUGAAGCUCUCAUCUGUUUUGAUUUUUUUUAAUCGUUAGGCACCUGAUUUGCCAUUGAUUUGAGAGCCACUUUCUGUUGAUUGUACUUCUAGUGGACUACAUUUGGAGACAGAAUUCAGUUUUGCCUUACACACAGGGGAUCAUAAAGUCAAAAUCUCUUUUCUAUGUACUGGUACUGUGUACUGUAUAGACAGUUUAUAAAUGUUAUUUCUGCAAACACCUUCUUAUAUAAGAUUGACCACACUGUUUAAAGUCCUAAUGCCAAGUCAGCAGAUUUGCUUUUGAAUUACUGGCAACUGGAACUAGCCUCAUUCAGGAAAUUUGUUAACAAGAUUCACUCUAGACACACUUUCUUCAGUAGCAGAAAGCUUAUAUUUAGUGUAAAUAGGAAUACAUUAGGAUAAAAGGUUGGAUUGUCCUUGCAAACGUAAAAUCAUUUUUGCAUUUUUAAAUCUACAGCAAAAAUAAUGUGACACUAUAAAUGCUCUAAACAGGACACACUAAUUGCAGUGAGCACACAGAUAACAUUUUUUCUUGUCAACUUGAUAGAUCACAUUUGACAUGGUGCAAAAGUGUGUGCUUGUGUGUAAAACAAUUUAUGACAAGAGUGGUUGUAACGGGUAAACAGGAGACUAUAGGCAACCCAUAUGUUAUGAAUCAACCAUAAUUUCCACAUUUAGCUGCUCAGGUAUUACGAUUUGUACACAUACGCAGUACAAUGUCAGGAAAUCCUUCAUUGUACUCUCAUGAAAAGGGAUUCCCAAUUUCAAUACGCCCUCUUAUCGAAGGACUGCGUGGUCUUCCAGGCUUAGAUUUCAAGCACCACACUGGCCAUGGCAGCAGAGAACUCAUUUGAGCAGCUAAAUAUGGCAUUUGGGGCUGAAUCAUAGCACAUCAGUUGGUCCCGAGAAUGUAAUUAUUACAAAAAUGCGUAAGGGGUUUCCUUCUGUCUGCAACUCUAAAAGGUCCAAAUUGCAGGCAAGCAACAUGAGGAAGUUUAUGUCUACAGGUAAUUGGGAAAGCAUCGAUCUGCUGGCUCUUCGUUGAGGAUCCAGGAAAGUAAAAAACACAGGCAAAUGUGACUGAGUGUUUCACUGGAAAUGUAAAAUCUUUUUGUGUUUUAGAGUAUUUGUUUUAGUAAGAAAAGUUUACACUGCUUGUGGAGAGUUAUUUUGUUGGAAAUAAAUUUUUGUAGCUUCUCCA